UACCUUUACUCUUCUCUCUCUCUCUCACCCCCAAGCCUUGUUAGGGUUUUGAUUUUUCUUCAACAAUUUUCUUCAACAAUUUUCUUCCUCCUUGUUUUUUUUCCUCUAAUUUUUGGGCACAAGGAAAGAAGAAAUCAUAGCUUUACUAUGGUCUGGCAAAAACCCUAUUCUGUUUGGGAAUGUAUCAGUCUUAGUUUAGGAGGCUUCUGUUGAGGUAGUUGACAGACAAAAGGGUGGGUAAAGGAGGAAAAUGGAAGGAAAUGAGCAUGAAUUGAUGUUGGCAUGUGUGAUUUCGGGGACCCUUUUCUCUGUGCUAGGUUCUGUGUCUUUUGCUUUACUUUGGGCAGUUAAUUGGCGGCCAUGGCGGAUAUAUAGUUGGAUCUUUGCUCGAAAAUGGCCGGGAUUCUUACAAGGGCCCCAGCUGGGAAUUAUAUGUAGUUUCUUCUCUCUGUCUGCAUGGAUAAUUGUGAUCUCUCCGGUUGUGGUGCUUGUUACAUGGGGAUGCUGGUUAAUGUUGAUAUUGGGGCGAGAUAUAGUUGGUCUAGCUGUAAUAAUGGCUGGAAGUUCUCUGCUUUUGGCAUUCUACUCAAUAAUGCUUUGGUGGAGAACACAGUGGCAAAGUUCAAGGGCUGUAGCUGUUCUCCUCCUACUUGCUGUUGGAUUGCUUUGUGCAUAUGAACUUUGUGCUGUGUAUGUCACAGCAGGUGUUAGGGCAUCUGAAAGAUACUCACCUUCAGGGUUCUUCUUUGGUGUGUCAGCAAUCUCCCUGGCAAUCAAUAUGCUAUUUAUUUGCAGGAUGGUCUUCAAUGGGAACGGCUUAGAUGUUGACGAGUACGUACGGAGGUCAUAUAAAUUUGCUUAUUCUGAUUGUAUUGAAGUGGGUCCUGUUGCUUGCUUACAAGAGCCACCUGAUCCCAAUGAGUUAUAUCCUCGACAAUCUAGAAGGGCUCUGCAUCUUGGACUUCUCUAUGUUGGUUCACUUGUAGUACUUCUUGUGUAUUCUAUCCUGUAUGGUCUGACAGCGAAGGAAUCAAACUGGCUUGGGGCUACAACAUCAGCUGCCGUGAUAAUCCUUGAUUGGAACUUGGGGGCAUGCUUGUAUGGCUUUAAGCUUCUGAAAAGUCGAGUCGUCGUACUUUUUGUUGCUGGUACAUCUCGGGUGUUCCUGAUCUGUUUUGGAGUUCAUUACUGGUACUUUGGACAUUGUAUUAGUUAUGCAGUUGUAGCAUCUGUGUUGUUGGGCGCUGCUGUUUCACGGCAUUUAUCAGUUACAGACCCAUUAGCAGCUAGACGAGACGCCUUGCAGAGCACAGUUAUCCGACUUAGAGAAGGUUUCCGCAGAAAAGACCAAAAUAGCUCUGCAAGCUCUUCUGAGGGUUGUGGCUCAAGUGUGAAGCGCAGUAGUAGUGCUGAUGCUGGCCAUCUUGGUAAUGCAACUGUGCCUUGCACUGGUGAUGGCAGUACUUGGAAUAACAUUGAGGGGAUUAAUAGUGAUAAGAGCAUAGACAGUGGAAGGCCAAGUCUAGCUCUUCGUAGUAGUUCGUGUCGUUCAGUACUUCAAGAGCCUGAAGUAGGAUCAUCUUAUGUUGACAGAAAUUUAGAGCAUAAUAGUUCGUUGGUUAUUUGUUCUAGUAGUGGCCUUGAAAGCCAAGGCGGUGAUUCUAGUACAUCCACUUCCGCAAAUCAACAGAUACUGGACUUGAAUUUGGCACUUGCAUUUCAAGAAAAGUUGAGUGAUCCCAGGAUUACAUCUAUGUUAAAGAGGAAAGGAAGACACACAGAUCGUGAAUUAGCUAAUUUAUUGCAAGAUAAAGGGCUUGAUCCUAAUUUUGCUGUGAUGCUGAAGGAGAAUGGAUUGGACCCAAUGAUUCUAGCCUUGUUGCAGAGAAGUAGUUUGGACGCUGAUCGAGAACAUCGUGACAAUAACCCUCCUGUCACUGAUUCAAAUGGUGUUGACGACGUGUUACCUAAUCAAAUUUCAUUCUCGGAAGAACUUAGACUCCAAGGAUUAGGAAGGUGGCUUCAGCGUUGUAGAGUAAUGUUGCAUCAUAUAGCAGGAACUCCAGAGCGAGCAUGGCUUCUUUUCAGUUUAAUCUUCAUUCUUGAAACCGUCAUUGUGGCUAUCUUCCGACCAAAGACAAUAAAACUUUUAAAUGCUACACACCAACAGUUUGAAUUUGGCAUCGCGGUUCUCCUUUUGUCUCCUGUUGUCUGUUCUAUUUUGGCCUUCCUUCGGUCACUACAAGCUGAAGAUUUGUCCAUGACUUCAAAGCCUCGGAAGUAUGGCUUUAUUGCUUGGAUGCUGAGCACUUGUGUUGGUCUGCUGCUUUCAUUCUUAAGCAAAUCAUCAGUUCUUCUGGGAUUAUCAUUGACUGUACCCUUAAUGGUAGCGUGUCUAUCUAUUGCAAUUCCUAUAUGGAUUCGUAAUGGGUACCAGUUUUGGUCUUCAAGAGCUGAGAAUGCAGGUCGUGCAGGAAACCAUCUAACACUGGGGAUGAAAGAGGGUGUUGUUCUUUUCAUUUCCAUCUCCUUAUUUGCUGGGUCCAUUUUAGCUCUUGGAGCAAUAGUGUCUGCAAAGCCUUUGGAUGAUUUAGAUUAUAAGGGGUGGACUGGUGGUCGGAACAGUGUUACAUCCCCUUAUGCAUCAUCUGUUUUCCUUGGCUGGGCAAUGGCUUCUGCAAUUGCUUUGGUAGUUACUGGUGUGCUGCCAAUUAUAUCCUGGUUCGCAACUUAUCGGUUUUCUCUCUCAUCUGCUAUUUGUAUUGGCUUAUUUGCAGCUGUUAUUGUGGCCUUUUGUAGCAUAUCCUACUUUGAAGUUGUUGGAUCUAGAACCGACCAGAUUCCAACAAAAGCUGAUUUCCUUGCUUCUUUGCUUCCAUUGAUAUGCAUUCCAGCAGUAUUGUCUCUUGGUGCUGGUUUGUUCAAGUGGAAAGAUGACAAUUGGAAGCUCUCUCGAGGUGCUUAUAUGUUCAUAAUCAUUGGCCUUCUUCUUUUGCUCGGAGCCAUUUCAGCUAUUAUAGUUACAAUUAAACCCUGGGCGAUAGGGGCUGCAUUCCUUCUGGUGCUUCUCCUUCUUGUUCUAGCUAUUGGUGUUAUUCACUAUUGGGCGUCUAAUAACUUUUAUUUGACAAGGAUACAAAUGUUACUCGUUUGUUUUCUUGCAUUCCUUUUAGCUCUUGCAGCAUUUCUUGUUGGAUGGUUUCAGGAUAAGGCUUUUGUUGGUGCGUCUGUUGGUUACUUCUCAUUUCUUUUUCUCGUAGCUGGAAGGGCAUUAUCAGUCCUUCUUUCACCUCCUAUAGUAGUCUACUCCCCAAGGGUUUUGCCUGUUUAUGUUUAUGAUGCUCACGCGGACUGUGGGAAAAAUGUCAGUGCUGCAUUUCUUGUGCUCUAUGGCAUUGCAUUGGCUAUUGAGGGCUGGGGUGUGGUUGCCAGUUUGAAAAUUUAUCCACCAUUUGCUGGUGCUGCUGUAUCAGCAAUUACACUCGUUGUGGCCUUUGGCUUUGCUGUCUCUCGUCCAUGUUUAACACUUGAGAUGGUGGAAGAUGCUGUUCAUUUUCUUAGCAAAGAAACCAUGGUCCAGGCAAUUGCUCGAUCUGCCACGAAGACCAGAAAUGCUUUAUCCGGAACCUACUCUGCCCCCCAGAGGUCGGCCAGCUCAGCUGCUCUAUUGGUUGGUGAUCCAACAAUGAUGAGGGAUAGGGGAGGCAAUUUUGUGCUUCCACGAGCGGAUGUCAUGAAAUUAAGAGACCGUCUUAGAAAUGAAGAACUGGCUGCUGGGUCCAUUUUCUGCAGAUUAAGAAAUAGGACACUUAGGCAUGAAGCAACUAGUGAUGUAGGUCACCGAAGAGAAAUGUGUGCCCAUGCUCGAAUUCUGGCUUUAGAGGAAGCAAUUGAUACUGAAUGGGUUUACAUGUGGGAUAAGUUUGGUGGUUACUUGCUUCUCUUGCUUGGUUUGACUGCUAAAGCUGAGAGGGUACAGGAUGAGGUUCGUCUGCGACUUUUCCUCGACAACAUAGGCUUUUCGGAUCUUAGUGCCAAAGACAUAAAGAAAUGGCUCCCAGAAGAUCGUAGGCGAUUUGAAAUCAUACAGGAGAGUUAUAUGAGGGAGAAGGAGAUGGAGGAGGAAAUCCUGAUGCAGAGACGUGAAGAGGAAGGAAGGGGUAAAGAAAGGAGGAAAGCUCUCCUUGAGAAGGAGGAACGUAAAUGGAAGGAAAUAGAGGCAUCACUUAUAUCAUCUAUUCCUAAUGCUGGGAAUAGAGAGGCAGCAGCAAUGGCAGCUGCAGUCCGUGCAGUGGGAGGAGAUUCUGUUCUUGAUGACUCUUUUGCAAGGGAAAGAGUUUCAAGCAUUGCACGUCGUAUUCGUGCUGCUCAGCUAUCUCGUCGAGCACUUCAGACUGGACUUGCUGGUGCUGUGUGUAUACUUGAUGAUGAACCCACCACUAGUGGCAGACGGUGCGGUCAGAUUGAUCCUACUGUGUGUCAAUGUCAAAAAAUUAGCUGCUCUCUUGCUGUAAUGGUCCAGCCUGAAUCUGGACCUGUUUGUUUGCUCGGCACUGAGUUCCAGAAGAAUAUUUGCUGGGAAUUUCUUGUGGCUGGCUCUGAGCAAGGCAUUGAAGCAGGACAAGUUGGGCUUAGAUUAAUUACUAAAACUGACAAGCAAACUACUGUAAAGGAGUGGAGUAUAAGUGUCACCAGUAUAGCAGAUGGAAGGUGGCAUAUCAUAACAUUGACUAUUGAUGCUGAAUUGGGUGAAGCAACUUGCUACCUGGAUGGAAAUUUUGAUGGCUACCAGACGGGGCUACCACUUAGAGUGGCUAGUUGCAUAUGGGAGCUGGGAACGGAUGUCUGGGUGGGCAUAAGGCCGCCCAUUGAUGUUGAUUCAUUUGGGAGGUCAGAUAGUGAAGGAGCCGAAUCAAAGGUGCACAUAAUGGAUGUAUUUCUUUGGGGAAGGUGCUUGACAGAAGAUGAGAUUGCGGCUCUUCCUGCGGCUAUGGGUUCUGCUGAGUACAGCAUGAUUGAUCUGCCGGAUGACAAUUGGCAAUGGGCAGAUUCUCCAACUAGGGUUGAUGGGUGGGACAGUGAUCCUGCGGAUGUAGAUCUUUAUGACAGAGAUGAUGUAGAUUGGGAUGGGCAGUAUUCCAGUGGGAGGAAGAGAAGGUCAGAUCGUGAUGGGGUUGUGUUGGACGUGGAUUCUUUUACUCGAAGAUUGAGGAAGCCUCGAGUAGACACACAGAAGGAAAUCAAUCAACACAUGCUUUCUGUGGAAAUAGCUGUGAAGGAGGCUCUCUUAGCAAGAGGAGAAUCACAUUUCACUGAUCAAGAGUUUCCUCCCAAUGACCGCUCAUUAUUUAUGGAUCCGGACCAUCCUCCAUCUAAAUUGCAGGUUGUUUCUCAAUGGAUGAGGCCUACUGAUAUUGUGAAAGAGAAACAUCUGGAUUCUCACCCGUGCUUAUUUUCUGGAGUAGCAAAUUCUUCAGAUGUUUGUCAGGGACGACUGGGUGAUUGUUGGUUUCUAAGUGCUGUUGCUGUGCUAACUGAGGUUUCACGAAUAUCAGAAGUCAUAAUUACACCAGAAUACAAUCAGGAAGGAAUAUAUACAGUUCGCUUCUGCAUUCAGGGGGAAUGGGUCCCUGUUGUGGUAGAUGAUUGGAUUCCAUGCGAGUCACCUGGUAAACCAGCAUUUGCCACCAGUAGGAAGGGUAAUGAAAUGUGGGUCUCCUUGUUAGAAAAAGCCUAUGCAAAGCUUCACGGCUCAUAUGAGGCAUUAGAGGGUGGCCUUGUGCAAGAUGCUCUUGUAGACCUCACCGGAGGUGCUGGUGAGGAGAUUGACAUGAGAAGUUCUGAGGCACAGAUCGAUCUUGCAAGUGGAAGACUCUGGUCUCAGCUGCUGCGCUUUAAACAAGAGGGUUUCCUACUGGGCGCUGGAAGCCCGUCAGGUUCAGAUGUGCAUAUCUCUUCCAGUGGUAUUGUCCAAGGUCAUGCAUAUUCAAUAUUACAGGUACGAGAAGUUGAUGGCCACAAGCUUGUUCAGAUCCGGAAUCCAUGGGCGAAUGAAGUUGAGUGGAAUGGCCCUUGGUCUGAUCCAUCACCUGAGUGGACCGACAGGAUGAAACACAAGCUUAAGCAUGUCCCACAGGCCAAUGAUGGAAUUUUCUGGAUGUCUUGGCAAGAUUUCCAGAUACAUUUUAGGUCUAUAUAUGUUUGUCGUGUCUACCCACCAGAGAUGCGCUACUCUAUCCAUGGUCAAUGGAGAGGUUACAGUGCUGGAGGCUGCCAGGAUUAUGACACUUGGCAUCAGAAUCCCCAAUAUCGACUAAGAGCAAGUGGUCCUGAUGCUUCCUUGCCCAUUCACGUUUUCAUCACAUUAACUCAGGGUGUGAGCUUCUCAAGGACAACAGCUGGUUUCAGGAAUUAUCAAUCAAGCCAUGAUUCAAUGAUGUUCUAUAUUGGGAUGAGGAUACUGAAAACUCGUGGUAGACGUGCUGCAUAUAACAUUUAUUUGCAUGAAUCUGUUGGUGGGACAGACUAUGUAAAUUCUCGAGAAAUAUCAUGUGAGAUGGUCCUAGAUCCUGAUCCAAAGGGUUACACAAUAGUGCCUACUACAAUACAUCCUGGUGAAGAGGCACCUUUUGUUCUCUCUGUUUUUACUAAAGCUUCGAUAAGUCUUGAAACUUUAUAAUUUUGCAUUUGAUGACCCAUUUAUUUUGGGUGGUUUGAGUUUGAUCAUUACUUGUGGGUCCUAAGCAUCUGCCCAAAGAGAUUCUGCGUGGACCAUCCCCAAUCAGUCACAUCUGUCUAUGAGCUGGUUGAGUGGUAAAUUUGCUAUUGAAAUGCUCGCAGGCAUAGAAAGAGGAGAAAGAUGUUCUGUCCUUUGUAAAUGGAUGAAGCAAGCUCUGCUUUAUUCUGGGGAAGUCCAUGGUUGCUAAAUCUCAUUCAUGCAUGUGGGCUGGAAGUCUAAGCCAGUAGAAGGAAGAUGGUCCAUUGAUUAUAGUCUUCAGGCUCUGAAUGUGGUCUCGAAGAGGGUUCUCGGGGAUUAGACACUGUACAUGAGUAGAUGUAAGAAAAUAGGAUUUAGUUAUGUAAAUGAGGGUUAACAAAAAGGAAUAGAUGAAAAAAAAUAGGAAUAGAUGUUAGGGAUGCCCUGUUGGAUGGGUUAUAGUUUAGCGUGUUGGAGUCCAUAUGGCUGAAAAAUUAAUUGAAGUUUCAGCAUCAGUUUUGAAGUACUUGUAGACACCAUUUAAUUAAUUGUAAAAAUGAAUUUUCUUUUUCUUCAUCAAUAGAAUUAACUAACAUCUUCUUUCU